AUGAUGAGUUUAGUGUUUAUAGGAACAGGAGCUUCCUGUGCAAUUCCCGCAAUUGGUCAUCUCAGUCGUGGCACUAGCUGUGUCUGUGAUGAGGCGAUGAAUAAUCCUAAUAGUUUAAACCGUCGAAAUAAUGUCUCCCUCUUAAUUCAUUUGCCCAAGGAAACCAUCCAAAGUGCAUGUAUUAGCACUAGUGAUAUGAAUAGCAACCCUGAAGAAUCUGUGCUUAGAGAAAACAAUCUAGAGUGGAGUGAUUUUGAGGGAAGUAGAAGGAAUUUUCAGGAAAAUCGAAAUAUAUUAAUUGACUGCGGCAAAACAUUUCGCCAUGCAUAUUUUCAACUCAUGGCGCCCCGUCGUAUUCACUAUGUGGACGCUCUCUUGCUCACACACGGUCAUUCAGAUGCCAUGCUGGGUGUGGGUGAUUUGUGUGCACUACAUGCCGGGGCUUGUCGACAGCAUCGCCGCUUGCUUGAUUUUCCCUCAACGAAGAGUGUAAACCAACCCCAUGAUGGGGCUCGGGAGAAAGGAGAUCUCACCUCAAUAUGCUCAUUGAAGAAUAAGAACUCCGCACUUCCCCCGCUAGCGCUUCGCCAGAGCCGGAUCCAGGCCUACCUAACAGCCUUAACUUUUGAAAAUAUACGAGUUUUGCUGCCUGAUAUCAUUCAACAUUGCCGGCAUCUGGGCGCGGCGCCAAAGGAUGUUGCGGCUUACAUUGAAGGAAUGAAACAAAAUGUCAAUCACGAUUAUGAAAGGGAUUUCAAGGACAGUCCGGUCGGACUGGAUGUCUUCCAAGUCCAUGAGGAUACACCACAACGCUUAUAUAUUGAGGCACUGGAUGGUCUCAUUCCCAUGUAUUCGUUGCCGGUAGAACAUGGCAAGAAUUACAUCUCGCUGGGGUUUGUCUUUGGCCGCGGAACGGCCUUCAAAAGUCAGUUGGUGGACGCCACAGGGACACCAACCACCACUCAGGACGGGUUGAAGGAAGCUAGCUGCGUGGUAUACAUCUCUGAUGUCAGCAGCAUCCCAAAUGCAUCGAUGAACUUCCUUCUAGACCUUGUGAAGAUUGACAUCCUUGUCUUCGACCUUUUGGCUUCAAAGGGGCAUGCUUCUUUGCCGCACACUUGCUGGGAUGACAUCAUGCCGUAUCUAAGGCUGCUGACUCCCAAACGAACGUUUUUUGUGGGUAUGUUCUGCUCGCUGGAGCACCACGCUUCAAACCUUCAGUGGGAGGUGGAUAUUACCAAUGAAAAAAAAAGAGUAAAGAUGCUGCUGCUUCAUUCUUCAACGUCCUCCCCAGAAGCCGCAGGAUCAUUUCUUGAUGCGACAAAUGGUGAUGCACGGGGUGCUACUGUGGAUGAACUAUACUGCGUAGGAGAACGGGAUGAGGAUCGAAAAGUGCGUUGGAAGCGUUUUCUGGAGAUGGACACGCCUAAAUUGGCUUACGAUGGCCUGGAAGUACAGCUACCAUUAUAA